GGCUGUACACGUCUCUCUUGCUCUUCCUAGCGCACGACCAAGUGAGAGCGAAGCACCUAGGUCUUUUUGUUGGGGCGAUCGAGGGCGGAGAAGUUACGUGGGCGUGCUACAAGUUACACCCUUUGUAGGAACAUCUGCUGUUUUGAAGGCUUCGGAGCGCGUCACGUGCGUCACGCCGCCGAAAUCGGAGUGUGCGUCGUGACUCUUUAGCCAGACACAGGCACGAUGAUGCGCCCUGCUGCGGGCGUGGUAUCUCGCGGCCGCGCCGCCGCCGCCCGAGUGGCCGCAUCAGCCGCGUCCAGGCGUGUCGGAGGGAGGCGAGAUUUCGUGCAGAAUGCGCUCCCGAGCAACAGCAGCAGCAGUUCAUCAGCCGUUGGUUUUUUGAGCAGCAAGGCGACCUCCUCAACAUCGUACAGCCAGCAUUGCAGCGGCGACGGUAAGGAUCUCACGCACUGGGCCGUGCUCGCGAUGGGGUCCGCGCUGGCCCUGUGGAAAACAGCAGCUACGGGCAGCGACGACGAGGCAGCAGCAGGCGUCCCAGCCGUCGCCUGCUCCGCGGGCAUGGAAAAAAACAGCAACCACCGCCACGGCGACGCCGGCGGCCAGCCCUCCGUCGACGCGCCCCGCAGGCUGACCAAGCGCCGGAGCAUCCUGCUGGCGGAGGACGAGGUCGACAAGCAGAGCGGCCAGUCCUACUACUCCCCCUCCCUCCCCUCGGCCGCGGCCGGCGGCGAGCCGCCCCUCCAGCCGGCAGACCCCACCGUGUCGGAUAACGCACCCGGCGUGUCGCUCGUGGUCGCCAGCACCUACAACGGGAACGGGCCGAUCGAGGACCGGCACGACAUCCGGCAGAGCCCUCGGGGGGACUUCUUCGUGUCCGUGUUGGACGGCCACGGGGGCUGGCAGGCGGCCGAGCUCGCGCGGAAGCGGCUCAACAUCGCGGCGCAGACGGAGCUCAAGACCUCCCUCGCGGGGAACCCGGAUCAGGUCAAAAGUGCCAUCACCCAGGCGUUCUUGCGGGUGGAGAGAGAGUACCUCUACCAGGUGAAGGCCGCAUUCGAGCUGGGCUUUGGGGCGGUCGCGCGCACGGGGGCUUGCGCCAUCAUGGCCCUGGUGCGUGACAACCGGCUGUUCGUGGCGAACGCGGGAGACUGCAGGGCGGUGCUCGGACGCCGCAAGCCUACCAGGGUGGUCGGGGGCUGGAGUACGGGGCCUGACGGCGACCCGGAGGCUGUCGCGCUCAGCAACGACCACAACGCGAAGGAGCAGGUUGAGCAGGCUAAGCUUAAGAAGCUGCACCCGUUCGAGGGGGACGUGUACACCUGCAAGAGGCCCGCCUCGUGCUACGUGAAGGGGAGACUGCAGCCGACCCGUUCAUUCGGGGACGCGUACCUUAAGUACCCGGAGUUCAACGGGAAGGAGGGCACGCACAGAUCGGCGGGGAGAUUCCUACCGCCUCCUUACACCCCACCCUACAUCACGGCUGAGCCGGAGAUUUCGGUUCACGAGAUUGACCAAUCAAACGAUGACUUCGUUAUCCUAGCGUCGGAUGGGCUGUGGGACCACGUGACCAACCUGGAGGCCGUGGAGAUUGUCCGGAAGGCGGCCUACAGCGAUAAACACCCGGAGUCCGCCAGCGACUGCCUAGUGCAGCGUGUCUUGGAGAGAGCGGCGGAAAACCACGGUAUCAGCGUAGAGGAGCUCCAGGAAGUGCCGGAGGGGAACAGGAGGCGCAGCAUGCACGACGACAUCACGUGUGUCGUGUUCUUCCUCAACGGGAACAGAAAUAACGAAGGCUUCGCCUCCCUUCAGGGAAGCAAGGUGCAGGGCGCAACGUCACCCGGAUGCCAGGAGGCAGGCACCACUGCCACUGCUCAGUGAGGGGGUAGGGGAGAACUGCGGGCUGGCGGGACCAAUGGCGGGAAAGGAAAAAAACACCGGGAGCUUGAGGGCUUGGAGUGAUGUGUCGGUGCAAAACGGGGGGUGGGUGUAGAGGAAGCCAUCGUUGGCGUUUUAUCGAUGUGUUCCAUCUGGAGAGGGAGGUUGUUGUUUGCCCCCGGCCGCGUUGAUGGCGUUUUCUGCAGCAGGGCGAGAGUGCGUGGAGCGGUACUGAUUUGAAGCCAUACGCGGGCACUUGCGCUCCGCUAUGUGUGCCUGUUGAUCCAAAUUGCACCCUGGGCUAGUGAGCACAAGAUAUGUGUUCGGGGUGCCCCACGUCCGAUCGCGCUACUUUACCUGCUUGCCAGGCGUUGCGCUCUUUUUAUGGCGUUCCGAUGUCCGUGGCGUCUACAAGCGUGUUUCGCGGUGGUUAGGUGCAGAGACAAUGAGCGAGAGCUAUAUUUGAUUUGCCGUGAGGCCUGUCGAUGGGGUACGGUCGCGGGGGAGCUUUUUUUUUUUUGUAUGCGUGUUAAACACUAGACUUGGUGUCGCUCGGGGUCACAAUGAGCCAGGAUGUUUGCGUAUGAGGGAUAGACGUGGUGGUGGUCCUCAUCAUUGGGGGCAGGGAUGUCUGCUUGUGAGGCAUUAGACUUGGUCUUGUUCCGUGACCACAGCGAAUGAGGUGUUUGGGAAAGAGGCCACGGCGGUUCCACUGGCACACGGGGUAACCGCUUGGCCGAUGGCGGGGCCCCCAACACAAGGAAUCGGAAUUUCCACGGUUUUUUGUCAAGAGGCAGGCGCUUGCUUGACAGCAAGAGGAACGAGGAAGGCCAGCGUCCGCUCGUUGUGUUUGGUUACUGGAUGCCAAGCGUGUUAAGCAUUGAAAGCUACCUUGGACUCAUGUCCGCCCAAUCGCUUACGCGUGGCUGUGUGCGAUUCGCUGGCGCGUUGCCAGCGUGUGUGGUUUGUCUCCGCGCGAAGCACUAUAAUAGCGCAGCUUCUGAGGCGGUUAGUUUCUGAUGAUGACAGCGAUAUGGGCCCAGGUCAACAGAGAGGUGGGAAUACCCCUGGUUGCCGGUUGUGUUUCUUUUUUUGGGCCUCUCUCCGAGCCUUAGAAGCACCCGUCAGUGAUAGCUUUCCUCUUGAAUAGGGAAGAAUGGCGGUUACAUUGUGCCCCCUCCUCCCCACCCAGUAAAGUUGUAAACUUGGCAACGUUUUCGCCUAGCCAGCUAGCUGUAGAUGGAACAACUUACCCACCUGUGUCUGGUUGACGGGCCCUCUUUACCGUGGUCGGGACCAACCAGCAUAUUCACGCGUUCUGGUAAUCGGGAAACUACCAGCGAUGUAGAAGCAAUCAAACUCCAAGUAUUGCCGCCUUCGUCGAUGGUUCAAGUGUGUGUCCUCUUUGCAGGGUUUGAGGUCUUUGGUUGGCCUGUCAAAAAAACGGGUUGAUUACCCCAGGUUGCAUGAAACUCGACAACUGCUGUCUCUGAAUCGAUGCACGUUCACCAGUCGACGGGGAAAGUGCAUUGGCCUCUUGUGCAACCAGUUUCAACAGCACCUCUACACUUGAUAGUCCUGAAUCUACAAUUCCAAGAUGAGGUCCUCCCUCUCGCAGACCCUAACCGAUACGAUAGCUACCGAUGCUUCAUGGAUGGUGUACACAGCCUCGAUUCGUUGCCAACGUUAUGUAUUUCAUGACCGCUCAAGACGCGGACGUGCGUGCUUGUAACCCCUGCUGUCUACGACACACGACAGGGACGAACAAGGAGGGAACCAGCGUCCUUCCUCUGACCGCAAAGCGCCCG